UUUCUGUUACGUCAUUAGCUUUUAUUGUUCCUCUCUUUGUAAUUUAUAACUAGAGGGAGUUCGAUUAUUUUUUCUGUACUGGGGUGGUUGGUUUUUUUCUUCUUAAAUAUGGAGUCUGGUUCUUCUUCUUCUUCUUCAAAGGUUUUAAUGGAAAAUAUUGUGGACCAGCCUCAUGUUUUGGCUGUGGACGACAAUGUCAUUGAUCGCAAACUUGUUGAAAAACUCCUCCAAAAUUCCUCUUGCAGAGUGACAACUGCAGAAAAUGGGCCAAGGGCGUUGGAGUUUUUGGGCUUGGGAGAUCAUCGACACAAUGCCUUGGAAGGCAAUGUGUCAAAGGUGAACUUGAUAAUUACAGAUUAUUGUAUGCCAGGAAUGACAGGCUACGACUUGCUUAAGAAAAUCAAGGAAUCAUCAGUCAUGAAGGAGGUUCCUGUGGUGAUUAUGUCAUCCGAAAACGUUCCAACCCGUAUUAACAAGUGCUUAGAGGAAGGAGCUCAGAUGUUCAUGAUAAAGCCCCUAAAGCAAUCUGACAUUAAGAGGUUGAGAUGCCAUUUGAUGAACUCCAGAAGCUAAAAAGAACAUAUUUUUCCAUGCUAAAAUGGAAGUAAUCUGAGGGAUGAAAAUCUUUUGAGGAGACCCCCAUUUUAAUGCUUUUAACAUUUGUCAUGACAUAGGAAUUUGCUUCGGCUGCUAAUUCUGUUUUUGUUAGACGCUAGUUAGUCUCCAAAUUCACAUUCUUACAUGUA